UAUGCACUGCGCGGCCUAUUGACAACGCCUGGGCAACGUUCACAAUGAGCUGUAAUACGAUUCCUGUGGAGUUUCCCCAUCUCCUCAAAAGUAUCUCUGGCUAAUGUAGCUAACCCAAGAAACCUCUGAAGAACGUUUCAUCAAGCGGCAGUCCAGAAUGGCCGAGUCACCUUUGUCGGGUGUGAAUGUAGUACUAGUUAUGGCAUAUGGCAGCCUGGUGUUUGUAUUGCUAUUUAUCUUCGUCAAGAGGCAGAUCAUGCGUUUCGCUAUGAGGUCCCGCAGAGGACCCCAUGCCCCUAUUGGACACAACGCACCCAAGGGUUUGCGGGAAGAGAUUGAUGCGCGCCUGUCCAAGGUUCAGGAAAUUCGCUUCGAGCCGCGUCUCCUCUCUGAGGAGGAUGAUAGGCUGAGGCACGGGACACAGUUCAGUUGCUACAACUACCUGUACAGGAUGAAGGCUCUAGAUGCCAUUCGGGACUCGGGGAUCCCGCUGCAGGAGAUGGGCCGCAACCCGAACGCCAUCACAGGACGCAGUUUCCGCAACUGGCUGCUUGAUCUGCGUAACUCCCACUCCCUGAUCAAGAGCAGCCGUAGCACCCUCAUUGACAACCUGUUGGAGGGAUAUGACAGCGCACGCCAUGGCACAGGGGUAUUUGGUGAAGCGGAAUAUAUGAAAUACCAGGAUGCUCUGAAUGAACUGGCUGAUGUUGUGAAAGCCUACUCCAGCACCACCAGUCUGGACCAGCAUCACCAGUCAGCAGCCAAGGACCUGAUGGGCUCCCCAGCCCGCAGCACCCCCUCCACCAUCCAAGUCACCUACCUGCCCUCCACCAGCCAGCGCAGCAAGAGGCCAAAGCACUUCCUAGAGCUCAAGAACUUCAAAGACAACUACAACACACUGGAGAGCACCAUGUGAGAGGUGACUGUUGGGCAGUUUUGGGGUCAGUUCCAUUUCAAUUCCUGCUUGUUGAAUCCAUAGGAACUGUAUUCGAUAGCAAUAAUUGGAAUUGACCCCAGCUUUGCUAUGGGGACUACCAAAAACAUAGUAACAGAGCAAGCAUGUAGUGUAUAUACCCUAAAGCUUGUGGAAGAUCGUAUUGCAUGUACGUUUUACUUUAUUUCCAUUGGACAUAUGGAGAAUUGUCCCAUAAUACAAAGCAUUUGAAUGAAGUCAUAUCAGGGUCUUUAUCCCAGGAAUCUACUAUGAGUCUAUGGUACUUCAAUGUACUGGUGCUGACACAUACACUAGUGACAAAGACUGUUGUACAACAGUUAUGCAUUAAAACUGUUAAUUUCCCCUACACUUGAAUUGUCAACUUCACGUGUGUGUAUAUAUGUGUAUUGAUUGAUUGUUUGUAUAGAUGAAGAAAAUUAUAUUUAUAUGAAUUUCAUGAUUUAUUUCAACUGUUUUUUUACAUGUAGAAUCCGAACUGUGUAGUUAUGUGAUGUGUGUUGAGAUUAAAACAUGGAAUGGAG